GUUCGUAUGAUAGGAGGAAACAGAAGUUGAUGGUAAAGACAUACGUCAAUGACCAUAAGUGUGAGAGGACAGGGUUUUCCAAGAUACUUAAGAGGUCAGCAAUUGCAAGUCUAUUUGCUGAGAGGUUAAGGCUGAAUCCUAAGCUCACGGCAAAGGAGAUACAGGCUGAGAUAUUGAGGGAGUAUAAGAUGGAAGUUUUAGAAAACUCAUGCAUUAAGGCCAAGACGAAGGUGAUGAAAGAAAGGAGGAAGACCCAUGAGGAGCAUUUUGAUAAAAUCUGGGAUUACCAAGCAGAGAUAUUGAGGAGCAAUCCUGGAUCAACCAUGGAAAUUGAGACCAUACCAGGAGCCACGGUUGGAAGCAAGCAGCGGUUCUACAGACUCUACAUGUGUUUCCAAGCACAAAAGGAAGCAUGGAAGAAGACUUGUAGGCCUGUUAUUGGCUUAGAUGGAGACUUUUUGAAAUGGGACAUCAAGGGACAGUUGUUGGCUGCGGUUGGAAGAGAUGGAGACAAUAGGAUUGUCCCUAUUGCUUGGGCUGUAGUGGAGAUAGAGAAUGAUACAAACUGGGAUUGGUUUGUGAAGCGUUUGGCCUUGGAUUUGGGAUUGGAAAAUGGGAACGGCUUUGUUAUAAUGUCUGACAAACAAAAGGGAUUAGUGAAGGCAGUUCAUACCCUCCUUCCAGAAGCUGAGCAUAGACAGUGUUGUCGCCAUAUCUACGAGAACUGGAGGAAAGGUGGAAAAGAUCUAAGGUUACAGAGGUUCUUCUGGUUCAUUGCAAGGAGCUACACUCCUGGUAUGUUCAACUACAACAUGGACGAGCUUAAGAACUAUGAUCCUGGCGCACAUGCAUCUCUGAUAAAGACAAAGCCAGAGACUUGGUCUAGAGCUUUCUUCAAGAUAGGCUCCUACUGCAAUGAUAAUCUGAACAACUUGUGUGAGUCCUUCAACAAGACCAUCAGGGAGCCUAGGAAGAAACCUCUGCUAGACAUGUUAGAGGAGAUAAGGCGCCAAUGUAUGACUAGGAACUACAAUAGGUCUAAGAUGGCUAAGGACAGGAAGACUAGGUUCACCCCGAAGACACAUAAAGAGUUAGACAGGGUUGAGAAGAAGUCAAAAGAAUGUAGUCUGCGUUGGGCAAUUGGGCUAGAGACUGAGGUGGAAGAUAGAGACCAGUCAUAUGUGGUGAAUUUGGAGAAUGAGACUUGUGCAUGUCGAAGCUGGCAAAUGAAUGGUAUUCCAUGCAUCCAUGCUGCCAAGGUCAUCCUUGGCGUGGGAAGAAAACCCUCUGAAUUUGUUGCUCCUUUCUACACAACCUCUAAGUGGCGUGAAACCUACAGUUUUGCAGGGACUACACUUUGGCGAGUCACAAGCUCAAUCCUCAGAAGCUCAAACCUCAAAAAAUCAAUCCUCACAAGCUCAAGCAUCACCAUGGGAAGUUCCUCAAUCUUCAGAAGGUCAAUCCUCACAAGCUGAAGCAUCACAGACAGCAUCGUGGGGAAGAUGGUUUUUUUAGAUGCUUGUGUGUUGUUUAUGAUGGUCACUGUCUGAAUGCUUUCGUUGUCUGUUGUUUAUGAUGAUGUCUCUGUCUGAAUGCUUUUGGAACAAGAACUACCUUUUUCUUUCUUCUCUUCCUGCUGUUUUAAUUUGAAACUCUCAAUGAAGAUAGUGUUGGUUAUUA